GGGGUUUGGGAGGUCUUGUGCUCUUUUCGCUGGCGACCUGCAGAGGGCGCAGUGUCUGGGAGAACGGAGCGCUUUCCCCUGGCGACCUGCAGAGGGCGCGGUGUCUGGGAGGUGGGGGUUUUGAACCCGGCGGGGUUCACUCUUUCCCGUUCGCUGUGUCCUCGGCUGCCGGUGGCGGUCGCCAUGGCGGAUGGGCCGAGUGACCCGCUCUCCUAUUUCGCUGCGUACGGGAGCUCGGGCUCGGAUAGCGACUCGGAGGCGGACAGCGGGCAGGCGGCGGCGGUGGCCUCGCUCCCUGCGGACAGGGGCAGGGGCAGCGGAGCGGGAGGAGGCCCAGUCCCGGGCCCCCGGGCCGCUCUGCCCCGGCCGGACGAGCUGUUCAGCAGCGUCUCCAGACCCAGUUUCCUGGGCAGCCCGAGGAGCCGCCUCAUCGACUGGGAGCGGCGGCUGGUGCGGGCCCCGGAGGAGCCACCAAAAGAAUUCAAAGCCUGGAAAACGAAUGCUGUGCCCCCACCGGAGACAUAUGCAGUGGAGGAGAAAAAGCCACCAUUGGGUGUGGACAUGGCAGUCAAGUGGUCCAGCAUGUACCAGGACAACGGUGAUGAUGCUCCACAAUGCAAAGCUGCCUUGCUCCCUGAAGAGCCUGAAAUCUCCGAAUCAGAUGAAGAGGAUGCAGAAGACCCAUCAGCAAAGAAACGCAAAAUUGAAACAUUUCAACAGAAGGAGAAAAGAAAGCGAAAUCAGGGACAAGCCAACAGGGAGAAAAGUUUUGUUGAAGAAGAAAAGCGAAUUCUCAGGCAGGAGUUUUGCUUAAAAGAUUGAAGACAAUGUUAACUGGAUAACCCCCUUCCUCGCUGGGCUUGCCCUGCUCCGCUUAAGGACGAGCGGCUCACUUCCCACAGCUUCAGAUGCUCAAAUCACACCCUUAGUCACACUGCUUGUGAAUGCUGCGUGGAACGUGCAGUUGGAGGCUGUAACAAAUAAAGCUGUAUAUAUUGUUUA